CGUCAUACAACGCAGGACGUGGCCAGCACGGUAUAGACGCGUCACGAGCCCCUCCCGUUUGUCGCGUAGACUCCACACCUCAAACCCGGACAACUGUUUCUCGACUGCGUUGCCCUCAUGAACGUGAGCUCGGUGCUCCGUCACAUACCCCGGAGUCCAUGCUUCAAACUUCCCCGGUGGUCUCCACGGAGAUGCUUUUCCUCUACGAGGCUCAAUGGGGCGGAACUCAUGCCGAUGGACAAAAUGAGGAACAUUGCCAUUAUUGCGCACGUCGACCACGGAAAAACGACACUCGUUGACCAGCUUCUCCGCCAGUCCGGUACGCUGAGGACUUCCUCGUCUGCGCCUUCAGUGGCAUCAGGCGUCGAGUCUGGAUCGUCCGAGGGACAUACGGACCGUGUCAUGGACUCGAACGACUUGGAACGCGAACGAGGAAUUACCAUUCUCUCUAAGUGUACCUCGGUCUUCUACAAACCGGACUCCGACUCUGAAACUCAUCUCAUCAACAUCGUGGAUACACCGGGCACGCCGACUUUGGCGGAGAAGUCGAACGUAUCUUGAGUAUGGUGGACGGUGUUGCGCUCGUGGUCGAUGCUACGGAAGGGCCUAUGGCCCAAACGCGAUUUGUGCUUUCUAAGGCUCUGGGUCAAGGCUUGAAACCUCUCGUGGUGCUCAACAAAUCUGACCGGCCAACCUCCCGUCCUGCGCAAGUGGAAGCCGAUCUGUUCGACCUGUUUGCCACCCUCGGCGCCUCCGACGAGCAAAUGGAAUACCCCAUACUGUACGCCAGUGCCAAGCAGGGCUGGGCUGUCACAGACCUCGCCUCGAUGCCGAAGGACGCAGACGCGUCUCACGCAGGGAUGAAGCCGCUUUUCGACAUGGUUUUGGAACACUGCCCCGCUCCUCGACUGUCCCGCGAAACGAAGGACCCGUUCUCGAUGAUCACAAUCCAGAUCGAGAGUGAUCCGUAUGUGGGCACUCUGUACCUCGGCCGUGUCCACUCUGGUGUCCUUCGUCCUGGCGACUCGCUCAUCGCGAUCAACAGCGAGGGAGAACGUGUCGGUGAAGGGAAAGUCAAGAAGAUCUUCGUCCGAGUCGGUAUGGAGCGUGUGGAGAGGGACGAAGCUGGUGCGGGUGAAAUUAUCAGCAUUGCCGGAAUCAAGGGCGGAGGUGUGAACGCUACUCUGCUUUCCGCGGACGAGAAGACAUGGCCAGAGGGAGGUCCCAAGCCGCUUCCUUCUCUCCCCAUUGAUCCGCCGACCAUUUCCGUUGUCCUACACGCUAAUUCUUCACCCCUUGCGGGUCAGGACGGCACGAAACUGACUUCGCAGAUGAUCAAAGAGCGCGUGUACCGCGAGGCUCUGACGGACGUCGCGCUGUCGGUGCUGCCUGGGCCCACAUCGGAUUCCAUUGAAGUGCGCGGUCGCGGUGUGCUUCAUCUGGGCAUCCUAUUCGAGAACCUGCGGCGGGAGGGCUACGAGCUUCUCAUCGGUCCCCCGAAAGCUGUCCUGCGCACAGAUCCCGAUACGGGCGAAAAGCUGGAGCCGGUGGAGGAAUGCACCAUCGUCGUGCGCGAGGAGUAUGCCGGCACGGUGGUGCAAAAGCUGACGCAGCGGAAAGGAGAGAUGAAGAGCUACGACUCGAUCGACGACGACAUGGGCGUCGGCGCUGCAUCCGACGACGGCGCAUCCGGUGGCACCGGUGGCUGGGUCCGUAUCGAGAUGGACGUGCCUGCACGGGGGCUGAUUGGCUACAUGGCUGGCGAAUUCGGGAACGACGUUCAUGGGCAAGGAACGCUGAACCAUACAUUCAAGGGCUACGAGCCGUACAAAGGCCCGAUCGAAACAGGUCGCAACGGCAGCCUGAUCUCGAUGGCGCUGGGAGAAGCCUCCGCUUACGCUAUCGCUCCUUUACAGGCAAGAGGCGUUAUGUUCAUCCCUCCAGGCACCCAAGUAUAUCCCGGAAUGGUUAUCGGAGAGUCUUCCAAGUCCUUGGAGAUGUACAUCAACCCUUGUUUGAAAAAACAACUGACGAAUGUCCGGGCGGCGGGGGCUGACGAGAAGCUGGUCAUUGCCAGCCCGCGAGUCAUGACCCUGGAGGAAAACAUCGCGUACAUGGCUGACGAUGAGAUGGUCGAGCUUACUCCCAAGAGCGUUCGCCUGCGCAAGGCCGAGCUGGACAUGAACAAACGCACGCGACUCAUGAAGGGGAAGCAGACGAGCAAAAAGUAGACGAGCCGUUAUCUAGACAUAUAUAUCUAUAAUAAUCUCUGUAGACUGUACCUAUACAACACACCCUUCUUCCAGCUACCCCACCUCGUGCCCAUCUACCUCGAGGCUGCAAUGUGCAUACUCGAUGUUCAGCAGCGGCGUGAGGAAAUAGGCCUUGAGCGAGGGAUUGUCCUUGCACUGUACCGUCAUGCCUGUGUUGUCACUAGUGGACUUGGAGACCACGGUUCCUGUGGCCCAUUCUGAUUGGAGGCCCGGUGUCCCAAUGUAGGUGCUUGAAUGCAAACAGCUGUCAAGCACUAGUUGACUGCUUCAAGGAUCGUCUUGUACGUCGUAACAGGAACCAUGUCCUUCAUCCUGGGCGCCGUUAUUGGUACGUCCUCUCCACCUUCGCCCUACCUCCUCCAUAACACUCAGCGUCCACCCAGUUUCAGGCGUAAGCGAACGGCAUCUCGACCGACUGUGCUGCACGCUGAACCCUUCUCUCCAGGCGAUCCGAGCUGCCCGGGACCCAGAACGCUAUGGCCCACGCCGCGGGGGCGUUGACGGCAACGGCCAAAGCAGAGCCAAAGGUGCGUCGGAUGAGCAUGCAUGACGGCCAUCGGAUCUGAAUCGGGCGCGAGGCUUGACUCGUGCCAUGCUCGAGACGUUUCCCAUCGUCAAAUUUAGGUCCGCUUGGUCAGAAGCAGCGGGCCGGCAGAGGGCAGAAAUGGAGGAGACAGGGAGCCCAACGACCGCGCUCGACACCAGUCAAGUGGGAUCCCCCACGAUCGAAGAACUGGACGAAGUUGUCAUCCCGCCUGAGAUUGGUCACAACAUAUGCCCCAUCUGCAUCGUCGACUUCGAGGAGGGAGAUGAACUGCGCGUAUUGCCAUGCGAUGGAAGUCAUCGCUUCCAUACAACAUGCGUCGACCCGUGGCUGCUGGAAAUCUCGACAGCGUGUCCAAUUUGCCGGCACGGUUAGUUCAUAUGACAGGGCUGAGACAGACCUUUUUUAUUCACUCGAGAAACAGAUUUCAGAACACUGGAGAGCAUGAUUUCGGGGGUUUCAGAGGAUUUGGAAUCCGGAGAGCAUGCACGUGGAGCAGGGAGAAGGAGUAGUCGGAUACGUCGAUUUUCAAGGUACCUGCGGGCCAUACCAGUUGGUAAUCGAGUCUCGAACGUGCUGAGCCAGUAGUUGUAGAUGGUUAGAAGGUCGAUAGUGUACACAAGCGUAGUUGUAGGAGGUCGGGGUUAAUUCG